GUAAAUUUCUGUUAACCCAUAUUUCAAAAAAUGACAAAUUGACUCAUAGUUUCAACUAUCAUUGACUGUUCGCAUUAUCAAAUAUUAAACCCAAUCUUCUAAUAUCAGGAAAGAUUUUAUCCAUUUUGAGUAAAUUUUGUGGAAACCCCGAAUUUAACCCAAAACUUUGGCGAAGAUCUUUGGACUUUUGGGAAAACCAACAUGGUUUUUGAUAGAUUCUUAAUAAUGUCUGAUUAUUCAGAAUAAUCUCAUCAUAAGAAAAGAUUCGGAUAUAUACUUGGAACGAAUUCUUCCUGUAGAUGUCAUUUUCGAGGAUUUUUAAAAAUGAUACAAGAAUUCACUGAUGAAAUCGUUCAUGGGGUUCAAUGUUAUUCACAAUGUUCAGAAACCAAAUCAUUUGUCGAGUUACAAAUUCAAACGGAAUCUUAUCAAGUGUUUCAUCGUGGUACGCAAUCGAGACGGUAUAAAACUCAAGAACUUCAAACAAGCUUUUGCCAUCAAGAUGAAACACUGCAUGAUGACAUACUUACUAACAACGAUAAGUUGACUGAAGAAACAAGAAUAAUAUGUUUUCUUAAACGUACUGAGCCAAUCGUUACGAAAGAGAUACAAAAAAAUAUCCACUCCAAAGUGUUUAGACAAUCACAGUCAAGAAGACUAUUUUAUAGAAAUAAUGCAUCGGUGAAACAUACACUCAUUCUAAAUGAAGCAAAAGAAUCCAAAUUAUCUGUUACAGGAUUAUCUUGGAAUUCUAAUGGGACACUAUUAGCGAUAUCAUAUGGAUCAUUGUGUCAUACUGAUUGGUGUACACAUAAUGGCAUGGCUGCACUUUGGAAUGUGUCAAAUGAAACAUUGGUAAUCAAUACUCCUAAGCAAAAAUAUGUAACAGAUACUUGUCUAAUGUGUAUUAAAUUUCAUCCAACAGUUCCAUCUUUGUUAGCCGGAGGGACAUUUACAGGAGAUUUAGUCGUCUGGAAUCGUACCAACGAAAAUGAUCAUCUAUUAGCCAGUAUCGGAAGUAUGCAAAGUGGUCAUAAGGAUUGUAUCAAUCAAAUCAAUUGGAUACCAGAUAGUCUAGAGUCUAACUUACAAAAUCUAACUUCCGAAAAAAUCAGUCGGUAUACAACAACUUAUAAGUUAUUAAGUUCAGGAAGUGAUGGAAGAAUUGUUUGUUGGCGAAUUGAUCUGUGUCACUUAGGAAAUGUGAACUGUGUUAAGAUUUUUCAAAUAAGACAUAAAGAUCAGAGUCCUUUACCAAUAUCCAACCAUUUUAAUUCACUAAAGAAAUGCAGUCUCUUUCGGUCAGAUCUAUCCGAAACAAUAAAUAGUGACAGAGCAGUUAAUAUAACUUGUAUUUCAUUAGCUAAAAAUGAUCCAGAAAAAUUUGUUAUUGGAACAGAAACAGGAGGACUAUUAAUAUGUCAAAUAAAUUCUGUUAACUGGAAUGAAACAUAUAAAGAAUCCUUGGAAGAACACCUACAGUCACCGGUUAAAUUUUCACUAGCUCAUCAGGAUGGUCCGAUUUAUUCAGUAGAUUGGAGUAAAUUCUAUCCCAAUCUUAUUAUAGCUUGUGGGUUCAAUCAUUGUAUUCAGCUUUUCAAUGUAUUACAAAAAUCUCCAUUAAUAAGUUUAGAUCCAAAUUAUGGUUCAAUACUUGUUGUUGAAUUUUCGUCAUAUUUAUCAAAUAUUUUUAUCUGUAUAACCGAAUAUCAUCAUAUACUUAUUUAUGAUUUAACUGGUGAUGAAGAAAUUAAUCCAAUGUACAAUUGUUUUAAUGAAGAGAAACUGUAUAGUCUUCAACCUGAACUACUGUAUACAUUGACAUCUCAAAUUGAUAAUGAUAUUCAAAGUACAAUUGUAUCUGCGAAACUUAAUGAAAAAGAUUCUAAACUUGUUGCUACUGGAAAUACAAGUGGGAUUGUUUAUGUAUGGGAUUUUAGUAAUCUAAUCAAUGAAUUAUCAUUAAAAUCGUUUGAAUAUAAGCGGGCACUUACAUUUCUCAUUUCUUCGUAUGAUACCCCGGCGAGUACAGGUGUUGUCGCUUUUUCGCACAGGUCAUUUUUUUUAUUCGGUGUUGCAAUGCAAUGCCCAAUGAUAAGCCAGAAUUGUAUACUUGUAUUGCACUGUUCAUAUUGCUCAUUCAAUACACUUCUUUUAUCAAAUCUCAUCAAUCACUUCAAGACUGCCCACUCAAGUGCAAACUGUUUGUUUAGUUUGUAUCAGUGUCGUCAUUGUCAAUUAAUAUCAACAUCUUGUCCCGUUCUUACGGAACAUUCUUUAAUCAAUCAUAUAGAAAAGGAGGUGUCUAUUCAGUGUAUAUAUCAGAAUCAUUCAGGAAAUCCAAUCUUUACUGGGGAAGCAAUUCCAAAUUUGACCAAGCAUUUAACUUACGAUUAUUCAUCAGGAUUAAAUUACAAUUUCCAUGAUGCAAAAUCGUUGUUUAUGGGUGAUAAACGAAAUGCAUUUGUCGAUCUUAAUCAAGAUGAUGGCGAAAUGAGUUCUCAUUCAGUUGGAACAGAAAGUGGUCGAUUUUCCAGGGGAUCUCAUCUUAGUUCAUCCCAAGUCAACCGAAGUUUAAUGCCAUAUAAAUGUACACACUGCGGCAACGCUUAUCACAAACGAAAGUAUUUUGCUGAACAUGUUUUCUCCUGUUCCAAAUCUUUGCAAUUAACUUGCCCAUGUGGCCGUGUUUGUAAAUGGCGAUCGAAUUUCUAUGCACAUAGAAAAUCAUGCGCCGUUUAUAAACAACUUGUAACUGGAGGCAGUCAUCUCUCUGUCUUUCGUCGUCGAGGUUUGACUUUGUCUAAAUCAAGCAAUAAUGAUGAUUCUGAAAGUAUUACUAAAGAAUCAGUUAGUUCUAGCGAACAUCUGCUUGAUAUGUCAACUAAUCCCAAAGAUGCUUCUACUGUAAAUCUAAUUGGUGGAAAUGAUUUAACUUCCUUAGUUUCUUCAUCUUCUACACCCGAAGUUACUCCCCAGUCUAAUGCAGAUUCUAGCAUUGAUGUAUUUGGAAAUCAUUCUGAUUCCCUUCAAACCUCUCUCACCUACAUAACUCCAGUUUCAUCUCUAGCCACAUCUCUCCCGACUUUCGUUUCUAAUGAAAAUAUUGAAACAAAUAAUCUAAAUCAUGUAUCUAGUAAUUCGAUGGUCACAUCUGCCUCUAUAAUUCAUGCAUUAAGUCAAACUUCUAAUUUGUCCGUAUUAGUUGACACACGUUGCCCCGUCAGUAAUUAUCCUUCAAAUCAGAUAAAUGAAUGCACCGCCACUAAUACGGAAGGUGGAUUUAUCCAAUGUGUAUCAUCAAAAGGUGAACCACUUAUCAUGUUUCCUGGUAUGUAAUUUGAAAAACUUAAAUGCAUAAUUUUACUCUCCGGUCAACUAUAUAUAUAUAUGCAUGCCGCAACACUCAUUUGAAAAUUCCAAGAAAUUAAACAGCUUUAAAACUACUUUCACAGUAUAUCUUUCUGUCUUAUACAUAAGAACGAAUUAAUUUAUUUUCCUAUCUUAUUGAUUUCUUUUUUUUCAUGUAACUUCUGUGUAUAAAGUUGUCUUUUAUUAUGCCAUUUUGUUUAAAUAAUCGCUUCUAUCUUCCAAUAUAU